GUUAAGCCCAAUCACAUCAUAUGCCCAAAUGAUGCUCAGCCUCAACCAAAUGGGAGGCAUUGGCAGCGGACAACUAUCUUUCUCAAUAGCAUUACCAUGGAACCCUCUACGACCUCUGCCUCCAUUAACAUCACCAAUCCAAUGCGCAGUGACCAAACAAGGCCAACGCUUUCUCACCAAGCUUGCAGCCAAUGCCAGGGACGCCAAGGUCACAAACAAGUUGAUUGCCAAAUUCCUCACUUCUUCUACCAAGUCCAUUGCUCUCAACACUCUCUCCUAUCUUCUCUCCCCUGAUACCACUCUCCCCCAUCUCUCUUCCCUCGCCCUCCCUUUCUACUCAAAAAUCACAGAAGCGUCUUGGUUUGAAUGGAAUCCCAAGUUGGUAGCAGCCCUUGUUGCCCUGCUCGACAAACAAGGCCAGCACAACGAAGCAGAAGUUCUAAUCUCUGAAACCAUUUCCAAAUUAGGCUCUAGGGAACGAGAGCUUGCUCUUUUUCAUUGUCAGUUGGUUGAAUCACACUCUAAGCUAAGUUCAAAGCAUGGAUUUGAUAGUUCCUACAGUUACCUCUAUCAGCUUCUUCAUAAUUCUUCCUCUGUUUAUGUCAAAAACCGAGCUUUUGAAUCAAUGGUUAGUGGUUUAUGUGAAAUGGAUCGACCUCGUGAAGCAGACAAUUUGAUUGAGGAGAUGAGAGUUAGAGGACUCAAACCAUCGGUUUUCGAGUUUAGGUCUGUGGUUUAUGGAUAUGGAAGAUUGGGACUGUUUGAAGAUAUGCUGAAAGUUGUGGAACAAAUGGAGAACCAAGGGAUUGCUAUUGAUACAAUUUGUUCCAAUAUGGUUCUUUCAUCGUAUGGAGCUCAUAGUGAGCUUGCUGCAAUGCUUGUGUGGCUCCGAAAAAUGAAAAGUUUGAGUCUUCCUUUCUCUAUUAGGACUUACAAUUCGGUCUUGAAUUCAUGCCUUACGAUCAUGGCAAUGCUGCAAGAACCGAAAGAUUUUCCAUGUUCGAUUGAAGAAUUGAAUGGAGUUUUGAAUGGUGAUGAGGCUUUGUUGGUUAAAGAGUUAGUUGAAUCAACAGUUUUGGAUGAGGUGAUGGUGUGGGAACCUUUGGAGGCCAAGUUGGAUUUGCAUGGCAUGCAUUUAGGUUCAGCUUAUUUGAUUUUGUUGGAGUGGUUUGAGGCAAUGCGAUGCAGGUUCAACAGUGGGAAGGAUGUGAUCCCGGCAGAGGUUGUCGUCAUCUGCGGGUCAGGAAAGCAUAGCAGUGUUAGAGGGGAAUCCCCAGUUAAAGGACUGGUUAAACAGAUGAUGCUUCGGAUGGAAAGUCCGAUGAGAAUUGAUCGGAAGAAUGUUGGUUGUUUUGUUGCCAAGGGGAGAGCUGUGAAGGACUGGUUAUGUUGAGUUGCUGCUUGAGGAAAUAGACUGCCUUCCUGUGAUACAAAAGUACCAAGGUAGCUUAGUGAACAGCUUAAGGGUAGCUUUCUAUAAAAUCAUCUCUCGUAGCUUUAGGUUAUACAAUUUGACUUGUGGAAAAAUCAAAAGCAGAUUGAUGAGCAUAACCUUCUUUUUUUCACGUUGUCAGGGA